AUGUCUUUUCAUUUAACAAAACAAUUCCAUCUGCUUAAACCGUUCGUUCAAACGAGAAACAUUUGGGCAUCAAAACUUCGAGACUAUCAGAAGGAUGCAAUUAACGAGUGCGUAGAUGCCAUCAAGAAUGGUAUUAUGAGAAUAGGUGUUUCUAUGGCUACAGGUGGUGGUAAAACGGUUGUUUUUAGCAGUCUGAUAGAGAAACUGAGCCAGGACAGUGGGAAGACAGAUUUUAAGACAUUAGUUUUAGUACAUCGUCGAGAAUUGGCACAUCAGGCGAGCAGAACCAUAAAGAGAAGCUUUCCAGAUAAAAUAGUUCAAUUAGAAAUGGGUAACCAACAUGUUGAUACCCGGCAAUGUGAUGUUAUAAUUGCGUCCGUACAAUCAUUGAUUCGGAGAAUGGAUAAAUAUAGAAAGGAUGAUGUGGAUUUAAUAAUUAUUGACGAAGCACAUCAUGCCGUGGCUGAAUCAUAUACAAGAAUAUUAGAACACUUUGAUGCUGCUGAUAAGAACACGAAUAUUCCAGUUGUUGGAUUCAGUGCAACCUUCGAAAGGGCAGAUAAUAAAGCAUUAUCUGAUGUUAUAGAUAAGAUUGUUUAUCAUAGAGGAAUGUUAGAUAUGAUCAAUGAUAAUUGGUUAUGUGAGGGAAAAUUUACUACCAUAAAGAUUAACACAGAUCUUUCAAAAGUGGAAAAAUCAUCCAGUACUAAGGAUUUUAAGAUAAAUAGUUUAUCUCAUGUAAUGAAUGUUCCGGAAGUGAACGAGAUGAUAUUACUUACGUAUUUACAGAAGAAAAAAGAAAACGGUCUGAAAUCUACUCUAUUAUUUGGGGUUGAUAUAGCACAUGUGACAAAUCUUCAUGAAUUAUUUACUGCACAUGGUAUAAAUUCAAGAUAUGUCACAUCGAAUACAAAAGAUGAACAGAGAGAUACCAUUAUAAAAGAGUUUAAGGAAGGAAAAAUUGAAGUAUUGAUGAAUUGUGGGAUUUUCACAGAAGGUACUGAUAUGCCAAAUAUUGAUUGUAUCUUGCUAUGUAGACCCACACGUUCAAGAUCCUUGCUUGUCCAGAUGAUUGGUCGUGGUCUUCGUUUGCAUCACUCUAAAACUUAUUGUCAUAUAAUCGAUUUUGUCGAUUCCUCAGAGGUUGGAAUUAUUUCAGUUCCCUCAUUAGUAGGAAUACCAAAGAGUCAAGGCACUUUAGAUGAAAAUACUCUAGAAGAAUUAGAAAAAAUUAAAGAAGAACAAGUUGAAGCCAAAAGACUUUCUAUGGAACAGGAAGCCCAAAGGGCCCUGGAGAAUCAAAAUAUCUUCAACGAAAAUAGUGCAAAAUUUAAGGAAUUUAUUGCAAAUACGGAUGCAAUGGAUCUUACUAUGACUACAUAUGAAUCUUUGAGUCAAUUUUUUGAACAAACAAACAAUCCUGACGUUAAGACCUUAGAAGGUAUGUCAUACUAUGGGAAAGAGCAGGAGUUACUGGGUGGAUCUAAAUAUCCCUGGGUCAAAUUUAAUAAGGAUGCAUGGGCUCUUGCAUUACAAAAGGGGCAUCAUUUGCGUGUAUAUAUGAAACGUGUUCCUGAUAAUGGUAUAACUGUGGCCAAAUAUACAUUGAAACUAUACAGGGAAAUACCUAAAUUUUUAAGGCAUGAUAAUUCAGUUAGGUACGCUGUAAAACAAAUAUUAGUAAGUAGUGAUCUCCUAGAUAUUGUGUCAAAAGUGGAAGAAAUAUUGAGUAACCUUUAUAAUGAAGCAUUUAACAUUUCAGGAUCACCGCUUACUUCUAUUUCAAAAUACUCCAAAUGGAGGAGAGAUAAGGCCUCAGAAAAACAGGUAAAUUUUGUAUCAAGAUUAUUGAAAGCUGAAUUGGCCAAACGUCAGGGUGAUUUUGAACGGAUCGAUUCGAAUGGAAUCGCCACAUAUGUUAAAGACAUGAACAAGGGGACAGCCUCUGAUAUUCUGUUUGCAACAAGUCUAGCGCCGUCGUACUCGUUAAGGAAGCUUCUGAAAGCAUUAGAUUUUAAGAUGAUAAAGGGAUAA